AGAAAAGGUCCCAGCUUGAGGAGUGGCUGGCAAUGAAUAUUAAGGUAAAUGCAGAGCAGUAUUAUCCAACCAGCCAUUCCUUGCUGCAACCACACUGUGCCCCUUGGUAACAGAAGCACAACUUCUUCCGGCUGCUAUCAAAAGCUCAAACAGAUUAAUUUCUACGCAGUAAACUAGAGGUGACGACACUAUUAACUUAUUGAAUGACAUGGAUCUGAUUCUAACAUCAUAUGUGAAGAAACUACCUGAUCCCAAUGCUGUCCAGCAUUCACGAUACUGUCGAGAAGUGAAGAAUGAUCACAGAAAAGCAAAGAAAAACAAAGAGCCAGCCAUUCCUCAAAAGGUUACCAAGAUACCAAAGAAGGCUAAAGAGUGUAAAAAGUGUGGAAAAAGAAAAGCAGACCACAGAAAAUCUGAUCUUUGCCGAGGGAGGUCUCCAGACUUUGAUCCAUAUCAAACAACAUUCCAGCGUGAAUUUGUCUAUCGACCAAUUCCUUUGCCUGAAGCUAUCCGUCCAGGAUCAUCAAAUGGGUUUACUUUCCCAUUUCAACUCCAUGAACCUAUUGGUGACACUGUAUACAGUAAUAAUUAUUCCUGGAAACAUGGAUUAAACCAACAGCCCAUACGACAUGGAACAUCAUCAGGAAGCAAAACAGAAACUAUUCCACAAUGUCCAUGUUCGUUGCUAUUUAAACUACUCAUGAAGGAUCCAGAGACCUUUGAUAGAGUAAAAGCAUAUUUUGUGAAAUCAUUGUCUUCUGAAGAUAUGGGCAGGUUAAAUGCAUGUCAAUAUGAUACAAUAUAUAGGCAAGAUUACCUGGGAAUCCAACAAGCAUGCAAGAUGAAGUGUCCCCCCUGUCUGCCCAUAAUACGCAAACCCGGUCAGCCAAAACCGCCUGUCACAGAUAACAAACAUCACUCGAGAAAACGAGAUCAAAAACCUGAGCUUGCUGUCUGCACCACUCGCUAUGGCAGCAAUAAACACUGGAAAGUUGCAGCAAAAGGUGUAGUGCCCAAUCUGACUCAAGCACACAUCAAAAACCAAGAAUUUGGGAAGCAGCCAACUACAUAUGAAAGAGAAUAUGGAAACAUCAAUAUGGAUUUUGCUAAAAUAUUGAAGUCCCUAGAACCUAAAGCAAUCCAAAGCUAUCUGUCAUCGCUUCCAAAUAAAGACCAAGAAGUGUUGCUGCAAUUUUUAGAUACUGUAGCUGUCAGGAGCGAGACAAAAUGAAGAUGGCAUUCAAGUUUCUGAGCCAAUGCAGUGGCUGAAGGUGAUUACCUCAAUGAAAAAAACCUUCAAGAAAAUGAUAUCAGAAAACAAGCACAACAGACAGAAUAGUGAAAUAUCACAGUGAAAUUAUCCAAACACUGUUAUUUGUAAUUUGUUAAGAAUUUGAUUCUCUGAUUGUUGAAAAUAAAUAAGUCGAUCUUUGAAGGAAAAUACUAUAUACUUUUGCAAAGUAUUCAUUUCUGUCUUUAUCUUCUGUUAAUAUACACUCAAUAAGAGCUUCAUAAUGGAAUGAUUUUUCUGUCAGUUUCACCAAUGAGCUUUCCUUUUGAGACUUUGAGGAAACUUUAAGGCAAGAUCUUUAACUCUUUUCAUAAUUUAAACGGAGAAAAUAUUUUCUGCAUUGUGUGAAGCUGAUUAUUGCACUGCACCAGCAUUUCACUGUGUUUUUCUAUUUCUGUACCUAUAAAGCAAGCUAACCAAGUAGUUUCAGUUGAUAUGCAAAGGCUAUUUUCCAUAUUGGGUUGGGAGAAUGUUUCCAUAUAUUUCCCAGAAUGUAAUUCACUUUGAUGACAGUUUAUUUAUUAAAUCUUGGCAUG